AUGCGGAAAGAUCCAUCCUUGAAAGUUGAAUUCAUACAGGAAAUCAUCUCCAAGCAAUUUCAUUUUGAUGUUCCGUAUCGAAGAGCAUGGUAUGCCAAGGAGAAAGCUAUAGUUGAAAUAUUUGGGGAUUGGGAGAGUUCUUACGGAAGACUUCCGCACUUCAUGCAAGCACUCCAACAGUCAAACCCGGGAACGUGUGUCGUAUGGAAACACAAAGCUCUGGUGGACGGUGUAUACUACAGCAACAUGGAAGUGUUUGAACGAGUGUUUUGGGUCUUCAGUCCUUGUAUUGACGGUUUUAAACAUUGUAUGCCUGUUAUCUGUAUCGAUGGGACGCACUUGUACAAGAAGUACAAAGGAACACUGUUGGUUGCUACAAGUGUGGAUGCAAGCUUCCAAGUAUUUCCGCUAGCAUUCGCGGUGGUUGAAGAGAAAAACACUUUCAGCUGGUCUUGGUUCCUGGGGUGCAUUCGGGUUCAUGUCACUCAACGAGAUGGCCUCUGUGUUAUAUCUGAUCGACAUCCUGGGAUCAUUGCAGCAAUGAAUGAUCCUAACGUUGGAUUCACCGAGCCGCGAGCCUAUCACAGGUUUUUGUGUGUGCCACAUAGCUUCUCACUUGAAGACUCACGUGCGAAGCAACGACAAGAUAUGUUCAAGGCUGCGGCGUACCAAAGGCAGGAAAGAAAACUUCAAGCUGAUCAGUGUUUCAUCGGUGAGGCAUGUACCAAGGCCAUGGAGUAUAUUGUUCAAGUCCCGUUCACUAUGUGGUCUCUCUUUCACGACGCUGGUCGCAGAUAUGGGAUAUGUACUAUAAACUUCUCUGAAACAUUUAAUAAUGUGUUGAAGGGAGCUCGGUUUCUACCGAUCAUGUCCCUUGUCGAGUUAACUUUCCACAGAGUUAUAGGUAUUUCACUUUGA